CCUUUCAUCUUCACUCACUCUCUCACUCUCUUCUUCUACUUAUAAUAACUUCUUCUUUUCCAUCUCCCACCUCCACCACGCGCCAUGUAUACAAACUUCCACACCACUUUCUCACGCGCCACUGACACGUCACCAUUACAUUGCCCCACUACACCUCUUCAACCCCAACUCAUUACCUUCAACGAGUCCGACUCGCUUCUCGACUCACUCUCCCAACUCAACUCAGAAACGAGUUACAAUAAUGCUGCUGCUGUUGGUGGUAGUUAUAAUAGUUGUAGCAGUGGCUGCACUAGUUACAUGGGCUCACCGAGUUCUCUGGCGAGUUACGAAACUCAACGAGUUUCGAAUGGUUUGAUACAGAGGAGUAUUAGUAGCCACUCGCUGCAAAAGAGUGAUGGGCCCCACUAUCACCCUUUUAUGUUUGCUGAAUUGCUUGAUCAGGAUAAUGGUCCGGUGCGGCGAGUUUACAGUGCCGGUGAUCUUCAGUCGACAUAUGAACAGAGGGUUAAUGGAAUGCAACAACAUUAUCAUCAAUCAGAUAGUCCUUUGUCAAUAGAGAGUAGCAUGAUAAUUGAAGAAAUUAACAGAGCAGCUAGUCCUUACAGCCCACAGGAAAAGAGGAUGAGGAUUGAGAGAUAUAGAAGCAAGAGAAACCAGAGGAACUACACCAAGAAAAUUAAGUAUGUUUGUAGGAAGACAUUGGCAGACAGUAGGCCACGUAUUAGAGGAAGAUUUGCUAGGAAUGAUGAAAUUGUAAUGAACCCUCCAAAUCAAUGGAGCAAUAUUAUUAGUAAUGGAGAUGAAUUAGAAGAUGAGGAAGAUGAAAAUUGGGCCAAUUUAUUUGAUUCAUUGGCACCUACUUCAAAUCUUGCUCAAGAGCCUCAACAUAGUUCCUCUUUUGAUGUGUUCUACUAAGUAUAUGAUGAAAUAACGAUAGAUUUAACGAAAUUACGAUAAUACCAUAAUUUAAUUAAAAUUAUAAAAUAUAAUUUUUGUUAAAAUUAUAAUGGUAUGCCGUGAUUUUAUUAAAUUUAUUGUUGAUUCAAGAUACACUACAUGGGUUGGUUGGUUAAUUAAUUUGUUUGCUUUCAAAUUUUUUAAAUAUUGUGGUGCGCUUGUGAUCAAAGUAGGUAAUGUAAAUGUAAAUAUAGUUAUUUUAAUCAUGGAUGUGACCAUGUGCAAAACUUAUACUUUCUAGUCUUAGGUGAAAUUUUUUAGUGCCCUUUUUUAUAUCUUUUUAUAGACUAGGCCUCAAUAGCAAAAAGUUGUAUUUGAGGUUUGAUUUCUAUGUGAUGUAUUUAUAAAAUUAUAUUGUAGUAUA